AUGACAACAAGUUCAGCUUUGCAGACUUUACUUAAUUGGUCAAAAGAAAGUGGAGUUGUAUCUGAUGUAGAAGUUCAAGAAAUACCAGAUAAAGGCUUAGGUUUUGUCACUAAACAAGCUACAUUGUGUGACAACAAAGUGGUGGCAUUUAUUCCUUUCUCACUCACAAUCAGCAAAACAAAAAUAAACAGAUUUGCAAAAGAAAAGGCCCCAAAACUAGAUGAAACUAUUCAAUUGUUGAAAAAUAGUGGCCAAACAUUAACAGAACGAUUGGCAAUAAUAUUUUAUCUCCUGUAUGAACGAGUUGGACGGGCUGCUUCUGGUGACCCACCAUCUAUAUGGAAAGAAUAUGUGGACAUAUUACCACGUACAUUACACACCCCAUUAUUUUAUAAUGAGUCAUUGAAAACAUGUCUUAAUGGAACAAGUUUAAAAGCAGCAGUAGAGGCAAAACAUAAAAAGCUUGAACGAGAGUAUGCUUUGUUUCGUCCUUAUUUUAAUAAUUGGACAUUGUCAUUACAAAACAACAAUAACAAUAAUGUGGUAGUGGUGGAUUCAGCAGUGACAUUUGAGCAUUAUAAAUGGGCCGAUGGAAUUUUUUGGUCAAGGAUAUUAUCAUUUGGCAGUCGUUUUGAAUUUGCGCCAUUGGAUCAAACCCCUUAUAGAACAGAAUUGAUGGAUGAUUAUCAUCUAGUGCCAUAUCUUGAUUUUGCUAAUCACUCAUUAACACCAUGUGCUCGGUGGGAACUUACAACCGAAGGUGUGGAAUUGGUCUUAACAAAAUUAGAUUCAGAUGAGCAACUUUUGCCAGAAACAGAAAUUUGUAUUUCAUAUGGUGAUAAACCAAAUUCAGAAUUAUUAUUUAUUCAUGGUUUUACAUUAAGUGAUAAUCCAUGUUCUACUAUAUCUUUUAAUUUACCAUUUUAUGAAACGGAUGAAUUAAUACAGGCAAAACUGUUGUUCUUACAAGAUCAUGGUAUCAAACCUUUAGUAACUUUAAAACGAAAAAAAGGAGGAACAGAGUUAUCAGAAUAUUCCACGAAAGCUAUGUGGUUAUGUGUUUUGACUGAAGAUUAUGGUCUCAAAGUGUCAGAACCUUCAAUUGAUUCACCAACGAUUGAGCUAAUCAUAAAUGACAAG